UGUAUUGCGGCGAGGAUGGUGGCGGAGUGAUAUAGAGUGUUAUGAUGGCGGCCGUGUUGUUGUGAUGAGUGUGUGUGUGAGGCUGCCACCACCCUCCCAGACCACCCUUCACGCUCCACCAUGACGAGACCUACUCGCCCAGGGACGUGAUGAUGUAUAUACAUGAUGUGCACACUCUGGAUCACGUUACUGGCUGUUAUCGUCCAUGUAGCUGGCAGUGAGGGUUAUCCCGAACUGCUGUUUGCCAACCGCAGAGAUAUUCGCAUAAUAGAAGUUGGGAAAGAGAGGCCUUCACGGCAAAUUAUUAAGGAUGUCACUGAUGCGGCAUCUGUGGAUUAUUACUACAAGGGGCAGCUGGUUUGCUGGACUGACAUUGACAAUGAACUCAUCAAGUGUGUACAGGUCAACAAGAUUGGUGGGGGAACAAAAGGCCAUAGAGAGGUGACAGUGAUAUCAAGGGGGAUUAUUUCACCUGAUGGCUUAGCAGUCGACUGGUUGAGUGAGAAGUUGUACUGGACGGAUUCUGACACCAAUAAAAUAGAGGUCGCUGGGUUGUAUACCAAACACAGAUGUGUUCUCUUUUGGCAGGACCUUGAUCAGCCUAGAGCCAUUGCUCUUGUUCCAUCUGAAGGGUUAAUGUUUUGGACAGACUGGGGAGAAAAUCCCAAGAUUGAAAGAGCUGGGAUGAAUGGAGAUUCCUCAACAAGAUCAGUCAUUAUUAAAGAUGAAAUUUUCUGGCCUAAUGGACUCACUGUGGACUAUGACCAGCGAGUCGUGUACUGGGCUGAUGCAAAAUUGAAUUACAUUGCAUCAGUAGAUUUUGAUGGGAAGAGGAGAACAAAGGUGGUCCAGAGCAAAUUGCCUCAUCCAUUUGCUUUAACAUACUUUAAUCACACAUUAUACUGGACUGAUUGGGAGACGAGAGCCAUACACUACUGCAGCGUCGGUCAGAGGAGAAGCUGUGACAAAGAGCAACAACUUGGAACCAACCUGUCGCCCAUGUACAUCCAUGUGUACGACCCUGCACGCCAGCUACACAUUGACACGCCUUGCCAGAACAAUAAUGGAGGGUGCAGUCACCUGUGUUUGGCUGCUCCAGCACCCCAGAAUUUAUCAUGUGCAUGUCCCACUGGGGUCAGGCUGAUUGACGAGUUUAAUUGUUCCGAUGGUCCAGAAGAGAUGUUGAUCUUGGCUCGCCGGACAGAUCUACGACGCAUAUCACUUGACACUCCAGAUCACACUGCAGUUGUCAUUCCCGUGUCAGGAGUUAAACAUGCAAUUGCUGUUGAUUUUGACCCAGUUGAGAGCUUCAUCUACUGGACUGAUGACGAAACACUCCGUAUCCAUCGCUCUAAACUUGAUGGGUCAGAACAGCAGGUUAUAGUGUCUGCUGAAGUUGUUCAUCCCGACGGCAUUGCAGUGGACUGGAUUGCCCGCAACUUGUACUGGACAGAUGCUGGCCCUGAUCGCAUUGAAGUUGCAAGACUCAAUGGAACUUCAAGAAAGAUCCUUAUUGCUGACAAUCUUGAUGAACCAAGAGCCAUCACUAUAGACCCAGAUGGUGGACUGAUGUUCUGGACAGACUGGGGGACAAAUCCAAAGAUUGAGCGUGCUGCCCUUGAUGGCUCGAUGCGACAGGUUGUAAUCAACUCUGGCCUUGGAUGGCCAAAUGGUGUAGCAAUUGAUACUGAACUGAGAAAAAUAUAUUGGUGUGAUGCUAAGGAAGACAAAAUAGAGAUGGCAGCUUUAGACGGCAGUGGGAGAAGAGUAGUUCUGAGUGACCACCUUCCACAUGUGUUUGGCUUUUCACUCCUGGGUGACUACUUGUACUGGACUGACUGGCAGCGGCGGAGCAUCGAAAGAGUCCACAAGCUUGAUGCGACUCAGCGUGAGGUUAUUGUGGAGCAGCUACCAGACUUGAUGGGACUGAAGGCGGUGAAUGUAAGCAAGAAAGCUGGCUCCAAUCCUUGUCACAUAAACAAUGGUGGAUGUUCUCACCUAUGUCUUAAUAGACCCACUAACUACACCUGCGGAUGUCCAAUUGGCUAUGAGCUCACCCAAAAUGAAAAACAGUGUGUGGUGCCUGAAGCCUUUCUCUUGUACACAAGGAAGGAAGACAUCAGGCGGAUCUCACUCCUUACCAGCCAUAAUGUUCCCAUCCCUGUUACUGGUAUUCAGGAAGCCAUGUCCAUUGAUUUUGACAGUGUUGAUAACCGCCUGUAUUGGACAGAUAUCAGUGUUAAGUCCAUCUCUCGUGCCUUUAUGAACGGGUCCCAGAUGGAGCCUGUAAUAGAGUUUGGACUUGCAUAUCCCGAGGGCAUGGCUGUAGACUGGUUGGCUCGAAACAUUUACUGGGCAGACAUGGGGAACAACAGAAUUGAAGUUGCAAGAUUGAAUGGAACAUCAAGAAGGGUUCUCCUGUGGCAGAACAUUGCCAGUCCAAAGUCCCUGGCGCUUGAUCCGGGUCAGGGAUUCAUGUACUGGUCAGAAUGGGGAGAUGAGCCAAGCAUAUCUCGUGCCCAUCUAGAUGCUUCACAACCAUCUCCUAUUGUUACCAAAAUGGGUCGGGCAAAUGGCCUUACUAUCGAUUUCAAAGAUAGUCGUCUGUAUUGGACAGACAUUGACAAUUUUCUUAUAGAGAGUAGUGAUUUAAAUGGUCAUAACAGAGAGGUCAUUGUUAGAGAUUUGCCUCAGCCAUAUGGUUUAACAUUGUAUGAAGAUUAUGUUUACUGGGCAGAUUGGAAGACUGGUACUAUUGAGCGUGCAAACAAGAGCAAGGGAGAAAACCAAACAAGAAUACAGGGUCAGCUGGACUUCAUAAUGGAUAUUCUGGUAUUCCAUUCAUCUCGUCAGUCAGGAAAGAAUCCGUGUUCAAUAGAUAACGGUGGCUGUUCGCACUUGUGCCUAGCGGUUCCAUCCACUAAUGGUGCCCAAAAUUUUACCUGUUCUUGCCCAACACACUACAAGCUGGACAAGGAUGGGAAGACAUGUAAAGCGCCGACAUCUUUCUUGUUGUUUAGUCAGAAGACUGAAGUUAGUCGUCUUGUUGAGGAUGUUCAUGAGUGCCCGACACUCAUACUACCCAUUCACAGCAUGCGCAAUGUUCGUGCCAUUGACUAUGAUCCAGUAGAACAACUGGUUUAUUGGGUAGAGGGCCGCGGGCACACCCUCCGCCGUGCCCACCAUAACGGCACACAAAGUGAAGUAUUUGUAAGCAAUGUAAUGGAGAAGAUUUAUCCUUACGACAUAGCUGUAGAACCUUUCACUCGAGUUAUCUUCUGGUCUUGUGCAAGAAACAAUGUGAUUAACAUCACCAAGCUUGAUGGAACACAGGUCGGUGGCAUCGUUGGACAUGAGGGUGAGGACCAGCCACGCUCCCUGGCAGUUCACCCAGUACUUGGACUUCUCUUCUUCAUCAAUAUGGUCUCUCCUCCACUAAUCGAGCAAGUCCACAUAGAUGGCCUGAACCGUCAAAAGGUCAUCACAGAGGGUUUAUCAAGUCCUUCAGCUCUAGCUGUUGAUGUUAAAGACAAUUUCCUGUUUUGGGCAGAUACAGUCACAAAGCGUAUUGAAACUGCAACAAUCUUUGGAGAGAACAGGAAGGUUCUGGUGGAUAAAAAGUUAGAUCAGCCUCUUGGUCUGGCUGUUCAUGAAGACUUCCUCUACUGGGUGGACCGGGAAUUUAACCAAGUAGAACGUGUUAACAAGUUUUCAGGGCAGCAGAGGGAAAAGGUGCAAGGUCGAAUAUCUCAUCUUUCUGACAUCAUUGCAGUAACACCCUACUUGUCUCAGAUGAUGAGAGGUCAUCCUUGCCACAAUGGGAGUGAGUGUAGUCACCUGUGUCUUGAGAGAGAUCAGCAACAGCGGUGUGCAUGCCCUGAAGGCAAGACUCUGGCAGAUGACUUGAAGACGUGCAUCAACCCUCCUAGCUGUCAACCUGAAGAGUUUCGCUGCCACUCAGGAUCAGUUGAUUGCAUUCCACUUAAAUGGCGAUGUGAUGGACAGUCAGAGUGUGAGGACAAGAGUGAUGAGCUGAAUUGUCCUCUGCCACCUUGUCAGUCUCAGUUUCGCUGUAAAAAUAGUCAGUGCAUUGAAAAAUCUCAGAUUUGUGAUGGUAAAAGACAGUGCAGUGAUGGAAGUGAUGAAGUAGGGUGCUGUGGUGAGGGUCAAGUUAUGUGCGUGUCAACAGGACAGUGUGUGGAUACUGCUGUGCACUGUACUGGAGGUCGUCGCCCAUGUCCUGAUAACCCUGAUCAUGCCCUAUGCUCCACCUGGGUGACAGAUCCUCCAGAUGUAAAUGGAGCUGCCAGUAAAGCUCCAUAUAUUGUGGGAGUAGUGGUAUCUGUGGUAGUGCUAGUGUGUGUCGUGGCCUUGGUGGUAUAUUAUCAACGGAGACCAUCUCUCUUGGAUGAUCAUGAACUAGAACCUCAUCCCAAGCCAUCUCAACCCAGACAGUAUAAGAUAGUGAUGACUUCUUGGGGUAAAAGUUACUCAUCAGUUCCAGGUGAACCUCCACAGAGAGAUCCCCACUUGACCAUUGGUGUUGGUGGUCCCUCAGUACCUGGGAUGUGUAGAGGCAUAAUUAAUCGGGGUGCAGUGGCCAGAGGGAUGUUUGAUCCUGCUCCAGUAACAGGGGCAUCAUCAUCUUCCUCUUCUAUGACUCACUAUCCCAGAGAAACACUUAAUCCUCCGCCCACUCCUGUAGCAGAGAAUAGAGGUCGGUGUCAGGAAACCCACUGUUGCUGCAAUUUACACCACAUCCCAUCCUCAAAUUUCCAUUCCUACCGCCACUAUAAGGCUCGUAACAGGCCACCCCCUCCUACCCCAUGCUCUACAGAUGUUUGUGAUUCAGACAUUUACUCGUCGGCAGUGUCCCCACGUAGAACCCAUUGUUACACUCCAGGUUCUACCACAUAUUACUCCUCCCCACCCAUGACAGAUUAUGAUUCAGAUCCACACCCACCGCCUCCCACCCCACAAAUGCAAUAUAUGUGUGACCUCACGUCCUGUCCCCCUACUUCUUGUCCACCCUCACCAUCCACGGAACGUUCCUACUGCACUCGUGCCCCGUGCCCUCCUCCACCCUCCCCAAUAGCAUCUGACUGAAGCGCCUCAUUUGUAGUUUGUACUUGUAAAUAAAAACUGCUUCACAGUCACUGUUAAAGCAAUUUAUAUUGUUAUACCUGUUUAAUGUCCUCAUUUAGUUUCUAUGGAGUUGUUACCUUCACUCAGGGGAAUUGUUAGACAAGCCUCCUGUUUGAUUGACUGAGUCAGGGAGCAUAAACUGUAAUUUUUAUUAUAAAUCAUUCAUUUAAUAAGUACAUGGAAAGUACAAAGCAAUUAACAUAUGUAGUUCAGUUACUGCUGCUUGCCUUUUAAAUGUGAUACUUGGCUUCCACCUGGCAGCCUGGAUGGAUUGCCAGUUUGUAACUUUGAGAGCAAAAAGUUAGGUGUCAGGUGCAAAUUAUUGGCAUGGCAAGGAAAGGGUCAUUGUGGUGGAGGUUCUUCACUGCCAUGUUAUUUACAUUGUCAUUUAAAAUUUCAGAAUUUUUUUUGGCAAACUUGUAAUUUCCUCUCCCAGGAUCCUUCCCUGCCCUUGGGUCAUAUUUUUUUAACUGUGGACAAUUUGGGAAAUGGAUGCUUCAUACAGUCUGGCUUUAUAGAAUGUAUAACUUUUUAUUAAAGAAUAAUACCAUUGACAAAUCCUGAAUUUCAGAAGUCUGGCGUCUUUGGAGCCAGGAAUCUCGGCAGCACCAGACCCGUCAUUCCCAUAAUUGUAAUACCCACCUUUUGUAUGCAUGGUGCACUCUCCAGCAGUGUUUUGUAUCCAUACCCAUCUGCUCACUUUUGUAAGACAAAUACCACAAGUGGCUUAUAUUUUGUAUUAUUUCUUUCAUGUAAUAUUUUAACUUAAGAAGCAUGGCUGGAAUGCAUUAUCAGUUAAACUAUCAUUUUGUAGUUUUUUUCACACACACACACACACACACACACACACACACACACACACACACAUGGGGCCAGGAGCUUGGACUUGACCCCUGCAACCUCAACUAGGUGAGUACACACACUCACUCUCACACACUCUGUCUGUCUCUCUCUCAACGUACCAGCCGUAUCCCACUGAGGUGGGGUGGCCCAAAAGAAAAAAUGAAAGAUAUACAUAUAUUACACAUGCAUAUAUACAUUAUGCAAAUCACAAACAGGCGAUCUUAACUGUGCAAGACAAGCUAUGGGGGUCUGGGCAGAUUUUCAGCUCAAGUACUUUUACACAUUUCCGUGUGUCAUCAGGAGCUAUGCAGUGUUGCAAGUAGGGCAGUGCAAUGACAUCAGCUGUAGAUGGUGUCACUGUACUGCCCUACUCUGAGAAAACCUCCCCUCAUUUCUCCUGUUGCUACUCUUGCAACAUUGUAUAGGUCCUGAUGAUGCACAAUGUUGCAAGAGAAAUGAGGGGGAGGUUUUCUCAGAGUAGUGCAGUGCAGUGACACCAUCUACAGCUGGUGUCAUUGCACUGCUGUACUCUGAGAAAACUUCCCUCUUGCAACAUUGCAUAGCUCCUGAUGACGCACGGAGACAUGUGAAAGUACUCGAGCUGAAGAUUUCCAUCCCCCCAUGGAUUGCCUCGCAUAUAUACAUUAGUAAUGAAAUGGGCAUGUGACCCUAGUCAUAGAGGAUGAUGAUAAAGUAAAUGAGGCUCCAUGUUUCUGUGUUCCUUUUGAUGAAUUAACAUUUUUUAAUUAUUAUUAAAUAAGGGUGCAGUAGUGAAUUUUAUGAAUGUGUAAUUAAGAUUGCCAUUGAGAAUGCAUGGAUGAUAGUUUUUCCAGUAGGAAACUUUAACUACUUGAAGUGUCAUUUUCUUGUCUUUCACUUGGUCCGAUCAUUGUAUGUGGUCACCGCACCUUACAUGCUCCCCAGGAAAUUACUGUAUUUUACAAUUCCAAAAAAUAUGUACUAUAUUAAUAUUUGUACAUUGCAUCUUCUUGACCCUUAAACUGUGGCAGAAUUUUGGAAAAUUUAAAAUUCUUUUCUUACCAUUUUAAAGUUUUUCAGAGUAGAAAAGGACAAAAAACAAUUGGUUUAAAACUUUUUGAUUUAUUGAAUGUUAAAAUUAAUGGAAAAUGCCACAGCUACAUCAUCGUAAUUUCCUUUUUUACUUUUUAGUUUUCGUUUUUUUACUUUUUAAGUAAAUAUCUAUACUUUUUCAGAAUUUUUGCUUGUUUUGAAGUGUGUGAGGCUACAUACAACAUUUUAUAAUGAGUAGUAAUAAUUGAUUUUUCAAGUUGAUUUGGUACUAGAAGCGGGUAGAACACGUUCAUUAUAUCCACAGUUUCAGUAUUCACUAUAAAUUUCUGCCAAUAAAUAUGUUGUCUUAUUUUUAAUGAUUGUUUUAGUGUUUCAACACUUAGUACAGGGAACUAUUAUACUACAAUUAUUAUAAGGUGGAAUAUUCUUGAGAAGAUGGAGAUCGGUACAGUAGUGCAUCACACAACUUACAAUAUGCAUCUUGACUGGUAAGGCAACUGGUGGUGUCAGUGAUGCUGGUGGUCUCACAUGUAGUGUUGGCAGGGUAUCUAGAGGUGUCACAUGUGUUAACAAAGUGGUAUCUGGGCCACUGGGGAUACCUGUGUGGCAUGUUUACACUUCAUAUAAAAUUUAAAUUACUGGUUUUCACUGUCACCAAAUCAACACUUCCCAGCCAGCCACUGUAAGAAUAGCUUGCUGAGGCAUGUUGCCCUCCACCGCCCAUUGCUCACCCAACACAACAGCUAGUGAUUUUUUCGUUAGCCUGGAGAGGUGCCUGGCAACCCAAACAAAUGACUGAGAGAGAAAAUCAUAGUAAUCAGCAAAUUUGAAGGCAGGAAAAAGUUGGGGGUAAUGGAUACAUCAUACUCAUUCAUCAUUUAAGUCAGACACGGUUUAAGGGUUAAAUGAAGACUUUUGAGCAUUAUAUAGUAUGUGUGUGGAUUGUAAGUGGCAUUAUUGAAGCCGUAAUUUUGAUAAAUAUAAUAAGACUUGAGUUAGAUGGGAAGAUGUGUACCUAGAGAGAAUAGGCAUGACACUCCCAGAAGUGAUAUUACAUAGUAAUGAAUUUUACUAGUGACAUUAUAUUUUUCACUUCUGCUUCAUUUGUUCACAAGGCUAGAAGAGAAGGGUGUAUAGGAUGGCUAGUUUUGAACAACUAGCAAUCACUUGCCAUCAGCAGCAUGAAGGUCAGGCAGUCUUGCCAUCAGCAGCAUGAAGGUCAAUCAGUCUUGCCAUCAGCUGGAUGAAGGUUAGUCAGCCUUGCCAUCAGCAGGAUGAAGGUCAGUCAGCCUUGCCAUCAGCAGGAUGGUGAGUCUUGAAUGUGUUGAGGUUGAGUGCUGUCUUAUAUGUAUUGACUGCCUCACAUUGGGUUACCCAGUAAUUACAUACCUAUUCUAGGGCAAGUACCUUCAUUCUCAUGAAGGGUUCAUGAUCCAAGGAAUCAGGGCUGCCUUCCCUAGUUAAUAAUGUAGUUACACACAAAUAUUGUUUUAUUAUUGUAGAUGUGCUCAACCUAUGAGGGUCAAUGCCUGCAAAAUGGGAGAUUAUCAUGUUUGAUCCCAGAAUGGGGAGGGUGGCAUCAGUUCCUUGGAGGAAAAGCCCAUAGCCAGUAUCAUGGCAGCCUCUACUGGGUUGUUACCCAGCCUUCCAGCAUUAACGACAACACCUGCAACCUUCACACUCAACUUCACAUGAAUGAAAACUGACCUUCACCAAUGUCUUAGAUGAGCAUUUUGAUUACUGCAACCAAGGAUAUGUCCACAAUUUAGGGCUAGUUAUAUGUUCAUCUUUUUAUUAUGUACAAUUGUUUACAAUUAGAAAUUGUCUUUUAAGAAUUUUGUUUGAAUUGUUUAGUACUAAAUACACAAGAAACCUCCAUAUUACAGCUAAGAAUGUAAUUCUAAUUGUUUUGGUAUACUUUGCUAUUAUCAUGAGACAGUAGUACCAAAACCCAGUUGCCUUAGGUGUUAUGAGCUGCAAAUGUAGUGUGCAGUCUGUAUUAUAAGUUAAUUUAUGUGCCAUAAUCAAUAUUUAUUUUAUCUCUGUACUUAAGGUUUCCUAUCACUGUGUAUGUGCAUGCAUGCAUGUCCAUACAUGCAUUGUGUGUGUGUGUAUUGUGUACACACACACAAGUUUUAUCGGUAGUAUGAGGCAAACUUAAUGUUUCAAGUUUCGUAAACACUAUGCAAAUAAUCACUGUUUUUUCAUUGUUCAAUUUUUAUUUUACUUAAAUACCAAAUUGUUUUAAGUAUUUUACGAUACUGUGUUGAGUUGACUCUUACUAUCGGCAAUGUCUCAUAAAAAACGUGUUUCAAAAUCUUUACUCCUCUUCUUUGUAGAUAACCCAUGCAAUCAGCUUUCACACACUUAGACAAUCACUGGAGGCCUUCUUUGUGUGAAAAUGAUUACGAUAAUGGAUGCAAGCUCAGAGUGUAACCUGUUAAGAUAGAUACUUUGGUAUACAUUGAAUAGAAAAAUAUAGAUAAUUUGUGACCUAAGCUUUGUUGUGAAUAUGUUGAUUGAAUGACAUAUUACCAGGAGGAAGUGGCAGCUCAGAGGGUGUUGCUAUGUUAAUAUAUCCUUUAUAGUGUUGGGUAGCUUUUUAUCUCCUAAGAACUUUUAUCAGCUACACAUUGAAGCUACCUCAUUAUCUUGUAGAUAAGGCUGUCACAAAACUUUACUUAAAAAUAUCCGAAUGAACUGGACUGCUAUCUUCUUAAAUGCUGUAAUUUGUGUUAUAAGCCAUACAUGUAUGUGGCUAUAUAUGUUAGGCCAAAGGAAUAAAAUAUACAAAGAAAUUAA